CACGUCCUGCAGUGAAGGCAGAAUCCAUUUCAGCUCUCACCCAGCGUGUCCUAUCUCCUCUCUCAUCACUUAGUCGUGCGUUGCAGUUUUUAAUGCAUUUUUCUGGGAUUUUAAACAAUUAAUUAAGUUGGUGCAGCCCGUGACGCGAGCAGAAUGGGAUGCGCUGCCCCGAAAAAUGCGCAGCUCUUCAGACGUGCUUGUGUUGCAUGACGCUCUCCCUCUCUCUCUCUCUCUCUCUCUCUCUCUCUCUCUGCCUCUCUCUCUGUCUUUCUCGCUGCCUCUCUCUCUCUCCAUCUCUCUCUCUUGCCUUCUCUCUUCUAGCUUUGUAAAGGUGACCGGGUUGCUACAAUCUGCGCUCAUUAUUUACCGUCCUCACAUUCAGCGGUGGAGAGACGGCCCUGACGCAGAUCUGCUCCGGACCCUUUUUGUGACUGCUGGAAUAAAGCUGCCGGAGCGGGGGGUGGGUGGGGGGUCUGUGUAUUGACAUGUGAAGUGCUGGGUGACGUUUCAUGCGCAAACCUUCACUCCUCAGGUGAAGCCUCCACACCUUUGGCUGGGGUUUCUUCUCCCCCCCCCCCACUCACCGCGGCUUCAUUUGCAUCCAGAUUCGUCUUUGCUCACCUCGCGGCUGACGCUUGGAUGUUGGUAAAACGACGCGCAUGCGUUGCUCUUGGAAUAAUUUUGCAGCCUAAGUUGCAUCCCUGAGAUCUUGUGUGUCAAAGUCGCUGGCAGGAUCAGGAGUUAGUGAUGUGGAGGACUCUGGACCACGGGAGCUGGGGGGUCUACUGCUUGUCCCUGCUGGCGACUGUGGUGUGCGGGGCUCAGAGUGCCAACGAGCCCAACAACAUGUCAUAUGUGAAAGCCACCGUGGACAAGGUGCUGGAUGGCUAUGACAUCCGUCUGAGGCCUGAUUUUGGAGGCCCCCCUGUGGAUGUUGGCAUGAGCAUAGACAUCGCCAGCAUUGACAUGGUGUCUGAAGUCAACAUGGACUACACCAUCACCAUGUACUUCCAGCAAUCCUGGAGAGACAAGCGCCUCUCCUACACCGGUAUCCCUCUCAACCUCACCCUGGACAACCGGGUAGCAGACCAGCUGUGGGUCCCUGACACAUACUUCAUCAAUGACAAGAAGUCCUUCGUCCAUGGAGUGACCGUGAAAAACCGAAUGAUCAGACUGCACCCUGAUGGAACUGUGCUCUAUGGUCUCAGGAUCACAACAACAGCCGCCUGCAUGAUGGACCUGCGCAGGUACCCACUGGACGAGCAGAACUGCACCCUGGAAAUAGAGAGCUACGGCUACACCACCGAUGACAUCGAGUUCUACUGGCAGGGAGGGUCUACCGCUGGCUCGGUCACCGGGGUGGAGAACAUAGAACUGCCUCAGUUCUCCAUUAUAGACUACCAGACCCUCUCCAAGAAAGCUGUAUUUGCUACCGGUUCUUACCCUCGUCUGUCUCUGAGCUUUAAGCUGAAGAGAAACAUCGGAUAUUUCAUCCUGCAAACCUACAUGCCCUCCACCCUGAUCACCAUCCUGUCCUGGGUCUCCUUCUGGAUCAAUUAUGAUGCCUCGGCUGCUAGAGUCGCUUUGGGUAUAACCACGGUGCUGACCAUGACCACCAUCAAUACCCACCUUAGGGAGACUCUACCCAAGAUCCCCUAUGUCAAGGCCAUUGACAUUUACCUGAUGGGUUGCUUUGUCUUCGUUUUUCUGGCAUUGUUGGAGUACGCCUUCGUCAACUACAUCUUUUUUGGGCGAGGUCCGCACCUGCAGAAGAAGGUGGCGGAGAAAGCUGCCAAGACCAACAACGAGAAUAAAAGCAGACUGGAGAGCAACAAAGUGCAGGUUGAUGCUCAUGGUAACAUCCUACUGACCAACCUAACCAGUGACAUGAGCGGAGCAGAAAUGAUGGGCGCUCUCAACGACCCCCGGGCCACCAUGUUCUCCUACGACAGCGCCAGCAUACAGUAUCGCAAGCCCAUGACCAGUCGAGACCUGUACGGACGACCGGCCAUCGACCGGCCGAUGGGCCACAAGAAGGGCCGGUUGCGAAGGAGGGCCUCGCAGCUAAAAGUCAAGAUCCCGGACCUCACGGAUGUCAACGCCAUAGACAAGUGGUCCCGUGUCGUCUUUCCUAUCGCUUUCACCUUCUUCAACCUCGUCUACUGGCUUUACUACGUCCACUAGAGAGGGGAAAGAAAGCCUGUGUGGCAGCACUGCUGCUCAUUGUGGGUUUUAAAGCUACCUAGGUCUUGUACAGGGAUGACUAUAGAGGAGCAUUCACUCCAUUUGUAUAAAUCCGGUUUUGGAAUGAGUAGAACUGGAUAUCUUUUCAAUGUAAAUACAAUUGAAUAUAUAUAAUAUAUAUAUAAUACAUACAGAGGUAUAAUUUAUUAAAAAUCACUUUUGCUGUACUUAUCCACACAGAAUAGAUAUAGAUAAAAUAUUAUAAGGAUUUUAAGACACAGUAAAGGUUCACAGCUAUGUCCAAACUUGCCAAACAGACUUUGGUGACUCCAACAUAACCGGCAAUGAUCUUUGAUAUGGUCUGUUUCUUUAUCUUUACCUUCUGUUAUCUCACUUUUUGCAUGUGAAUGAAACACACAUUUUAUUUGCUUAUAGGUAAUACAAAAAAAAAAGAAAAUGAAGCCCAGUACAGAACAAGAAGAUAACUAAUAACAAUAAAACAUUUUUUUUACAAGAUCUUGAGAUUAGAGCUCAUUCAGCCAAUAAGCAAAAGCCGUACGGUUCAGUUCCAUCGUAAUGAAGAAGUCCUUCUUUGCUUUAAGCGUCGGUAUGUAUCAUUGUGCUGAAAUCCUUUUGCACUGUUAUACAAACUCAGUUUUCUUUCUUUUCCUUCAAAAAGAAAAGAGAAGCUUUGCAUGGCUCCCUGGGCCCCUCUGUAUUAUAUUCAUUAUACGGUAUGCUUUUAAACAGUCAUUGCAUUUAAGGUCAGAACAGGGCCAGUGUUAAUCGGAACUCCACUCAAGUAGUCAAAUUUGUACCUGCGGUAUCUCACAACAUCUGUGACAAUGUACACUGUUAAUUAAAAAAUGAUUUUAAAUAAAUCAGGUAAAGAAUGACCAAUGAUGUCACCACAUGUUCAGACUCACAUCCACAAAUUUAAGCCCUGAUAAAACACGCUGCUGGGGUUGAAACUCCAGGUGUAACAGGCUACUAUAAUGAACAGUUUUGUCCAGAACUUAAAAUUAUUCUUCCCCUUGCACAGAGCUUUAGCUCACCUUUAUUUGUUAUAUAGCCAGGGGCGUGUCCAGGCUUGUCUGUCUAGGGGGGCCCAACUGGGGCACAGACUUAUGUAGGGGUGGACUUAAUGACUAACGCCACUAAUCUAAUCUACUUUUAUGUAACCCGAGAGUCGUAACAUAUUGGCCUACUUCUUUACGGACUUAAAAACAAAAAUGUUCAACGUCACGAUUUAAACUAAUCAAAAUCCUGAUUUCAAACUCCUGCACUUUGUCUAACUUGCAAAGAAAUUGAUUGGCAAUGUUUCAGUACUGAAAAAUAUUGCUUGUUAGUUCAUUACAAUACAGUGUUAUGCACCUGUCUUAUAAAACUGAUAUGCAGCGUCUUUAUUUACAAUUUAUAGAGCAUAAAAUAUGCUACAUGUAAAUGUCAAGAAAAAAACUUGCAGCAUGUUCCAAAAAAAAGCAAUAAUCAUAGUGUUAACAAACGAGGCAAAUAGCCAAUCAUAGUUUAGUAUUUUUGUGGUGGCACCUAGGGUGGCCAAUCAGAUUUCAAGGGAGUGGGGGAGGGGGGCAAUGCCACCCCUGGCUCCCCCUUCUAGACACGUCCCUGGGCACAGCUAAAGAAUUAGAACAAGGAUUUUGUCACUCUUCCUUUUCCGUGGAUUUCUUUGGUAAUCAGGGGCUGAGGGCCAGUUGUAGAACCUAAGUUGAAAUUUAGAGUUCAAACUAGUCUCAAGGAUGCAAAAAAACCAGCAACAUUGAUAUGCAUAGCACAACCAGUCCUCUGUCAAAAGGAAUUUUGAGAUUACGUGGAUUCCUGGGUAAAACAUUUGAGUUGUUAGAUGGUGACCACAACAACACUCUGUUAGUCUAUUCUACAUUAUCACACAAAUUCCCACAUAUUGAAUGCCUAGAACAGUUAACCUGAUGUUUCUUGCAGACAGAGCCCAAUUGUUGCAUGAUUACUUGGGGUAUAGAAGUAGAGAUAAUAACUUUUGUCAGAAAAGUCGGAACAUUAAAUGUGCAAAACCAGAUGAGUUAAACUUUUGAAACUUGUCCUUUAAAGGUCAUGUAUUAUGCAAAAUACUCUUCACAAUGUUUUUCAAACACUAAUAUGUGUCUCUAGUCUGUCUACAAACCCCCCAAUUAUG